UCAAGUUUUACUCAAACCACCAAAACUCAAACCAUUUCCUCAAAAUCUUUUUCCCCUCUCUUUGAUUUGUGGUAGGUCUUAUGAACCAAAUACGGCCAAUUGUAGUAGCUCUAACAAACCAUGAAAACCGUUCGUAUGUUGGUAGGUUAGGGGUUGGUCUUCAAAUGUUUAAUGUCACCUACGACACAGGCAUUCAUGAUAUUUGGAUUCCAGAAGCAAUCGGCGGAGUCGACUCAGAUGAUAUGGGUUUAGAGAACUCCAGGCGCAAUAUUUAAAGAGAAUAGUACUGUCUUGCUACAUGGAACUAGGCGAACGGACGUCUUUGGUCUAGGAAGUCCAGGUCAUGUUGUCGUUGUCGGCCCACAAGAAUUUGUCGUUUAUAACCACGUCAAUCCAACUGAUUAUUAUAUCGAUCUUCCACAUGAUGGAUUUGUGGGACUAAGAUUACCCACUCCAGCCAAUCAUCUCCCUCCUGGUUAUGGAGCCGGUGCUAAUCCUAUUUGGUUGAGGAUGAUGGACCAGGGUUUGUUACGAAGGAAUGUAUUUUCCCUUUAUUUGCGAGAAUUUAAUCUGAGAGGCAGCCAGGGUAGUCAUAUAAUGUUUGGAGGUGUUGAUAGGAAUGCAUACCUAGGCCGAAUCAGAUACUAUGGCCUCGUCGAAGAUGCGUAUAAGUGGAUCAUCCAUAUGCAAACUGUUUGUGUUGCGGGGCACGAACAAUUCUGGUGGUUCAAAGCCGAGAUAGAUAGCGGCUCUAAAUACAUUUACGGGCCAUACGAAAUAAUUAAUGCCAUCAACCGCCAAAUCCUUGAUCGAGAAGUUCCACUUCAUGAAACAGCAUUACUUACUAACGAAGAGCUGGCUGUAUCAGAUAACUUUCGUGAGGUGCGAUUCACUUUCGGUGGUGGUGAUGAAAAUCACGUUUUCAACCUUCUCCCACAACACUACAUCUGCGAAGAUGAAGAUGUGCCAGACAGAUAUAGUACAGUCUUUAGACCAAGAGUUUUCGAACCUGAACAAGAACCAUGCUUUACUCUGGGACUUCCUUGGCUCCGGCGAUACCACACGACGUUCGACUUUGGGCAAAGGAGGAUCGGAUUUGCCCGUUCUGUUGUGUAAGGAGGAUCGGGUUAGCCUAUGAUGCAGCCAAUAAUCUUCUCAUUCCCGCUUUGUUUUAUGAUAAGAAUCUAUGAUUAUGUAAUAUUAUUUAUGACAAAAAUAUGAUUAGACUCUUUGUGUGUCAGUUUAUUCAAAAAAGACUCUUUGUGUGUAAUAUUAUUUAUGAUAAAAUCUAUGUGUGUAAUUUUCUUUACUAGGUAAUACUAUUUAUGAUAAAACUAUAUGCGGGAUAAUGUAUGUAAACAAAUUGAUGUAAAAUUUGGUUUUAACAAGUUAUGUAUUGUAAAAUAAGUGGU